UUAAAACGAUCAGUCUCGAUUCCGUUCUCCUUUUAAUCCAUCGUUCCCGCGUUUCUUUGUGUCGCGGAAACCGGGGACGAAGUAGACAGUCGAGAGCGAAAGUCGGAAGCUCAAGAGCGUUUCUAUCAUUUCGGAGCCGCGAGUCCUCCUAGACGAGACGAGCGGACUCGCGUAGAGCGAGGUUUCGAUCGAGGGGAGCUUAUCAGCCGAUUAUAUAUGCGUUACGUUAGGAAAACGAGCAAAAUCAUUCAGUUACAAUUUCGCACGUUCCUACCGGAAACUGGCACACGCGACUAAGCGCGAUCAGGCGUUAAAAUUCUCGCGCGUAGAUCCUCCCGGGUGAUCCGUUCCACGUCUCGAAAGAAGCAAUCAAGGGAUAGAUCCAGAAAAUGCGUCCGCAUCUCUUCGUUUUGUUCCUCUUCCUGUCGGCGUCGUCUGCAGAGCAACGGCGCGUAAAAAGUGACGAGGAGAAAUGUAACGCGGAGCAUCCUACUCUGCUCUAUUAUUUCUCGUGGGCGGAUUACACGGUGCUCGGUACGAUGCUGCUGGUCUCGUGCCUGAUUGGCACCUUCUAUGGCUUUUUCGCUAAAAAGCAGGAGACUAGUCAGGACUUUUUGCUCGGUGGCUCCAACAUGGGCACGUUCCCCACGGCAAUGUCGCUGGCUGCCAGUUUCAUCACAGCUAUUGAGCUCCUGGGAAAUCCUGCGGAGAUGUAUACACAGGGUACUCAAUUUUGGAUGACUUGCCUCUCUUUCAUACUCGUGGUACCGAUCACCUCUCGCUUGUACCUGCCGGUGUUCAUGAAAUUAAGGCUGACGUCGAGCUACGAAUACCUGCAUCUGCGCUUUGAUCGGAACUGCCGAUUGCUCACGAGCGUGUUGUAUAUGUUGCAAAUGGUGUUGUAUACGUCGGUGGCUGUGUACGCACCUGCAUUAGCUUUAAGUCACGUCACGGGCCUGAAUACUUACAUAGCCGUCACUCUAGUCUACGUGGUCUGCAUUUUCUACGCCUCUCAGGGUGGUAUGAAAGCCGUGAUAAUGACCGAUACCUUCCAAGCCGCCGUUCUUAUCGGCUCGCUGUUCCUCAUUUUGGGUUACGGGUUGUCUUGGUCGGGCGGAACUGCGCGCGUUUGGGAAGAGAACGCAAAUUCCGGCAGGAUGGAGUUCUUCAAUAUGGAUCCUAGUCCUACGGUGCGGCAUAGCUUCUGGAGUGUUGUGAUCGGUGGUACUUUCUACUGGACCACCAUGUUCUGCAGCAACCAGGCGUCCGUCCAAAAGUAUCUCAGUGUCGAGAACAUCUCGCAAGUAAGGAUAGCGCUGUGGGUGUCUGCGUUCGGUAUGAUCGUAAUUUAUAGUGUGAACUUUCUGACUGGAAUGGUGUUGUACAGCGCUUACAAAGACUGCGAUCCUAUGACAGCCGGAUAUAUAAGCGGCCAGGAUCAAAUACUUCCGUUGUAUGUGAUGAAUUUUUUGGGAAGUCUUCGUGGAAUGCCUGGAUUCUUCGUGGCCGGUAUCUUCGCCGCGUCUCUCGGAACUGUGGCGAGCGCUUUAAACUCGUUGGCAGCGAUAACUUGCGAGGACAUUCUCCGAGGGCUCUUUCAAAUGGACUUGCCGGCAAAUAAAGGCGCUAUUUAUGCCAGAUGGAUUAGCAUAUUUUUCGGAGCUCUCAGUUUCGCGCUGGUCUUCGUCGUCGAGCGUCUCGGUAGCGUUCUGCAGGUUGCGCUGUCUUUCAAUGGUAUGGUUGGCGGCGUGACAUUAGGAUUAUUCUCCUUGGGCAUGUUUGUGCCGUGGGCUAAUGCUAAAGGAGCAAUAGCAGGCGCUAUUACGAGUUUGGUAGUUGUGCUAUGGAUCGGGUUAGGCGCCCAAAUUGCGGCUGUAAACGGACAGAUUCAACUGGAUAGCAAGCCCAUAUCAAUAAAAGACUGCCCUUGUAUAAAUGAAACUACAAUCGUGCUGAAUCAAGUCAUGAUUGACCCUGCUAAUGAAGUUUCGUCUAUAUACAAGACCAGUUACCUAUGGUAUAGCGCGAUCGGUUGCAUGUUGACCAUGCUGGUGGGCUUAGUAGUAAGUUUCGCAACGGGCGCACAGAAUCCUGCGGACGUUGAUCAGGACUUCCUAAGCCCACCGAUCGCGGCUAUGUUCCGCAUGCAGACGAAGCCUCGUGCCUCUACGAACGUCCAGGGCAUCGCAAACCUCGGCCUCGAGCUGGAAGACGAGAAGUCACAGCAGGCAGGCGUUUGCAAGAUCCCGAAGUGAUUGUCUCCUCGCGACAGAUCAUCGAUGAAGAUCGUGUCAGACGGGGAAACGUAAAAUAGCAAGCUGCGAAAGAGUAGUUCAGUAAAUUUGUGUUUCAUGAAACAAUUUAUCGGACAUUCGACGGAGCGAAUUGCACGUAGCAGGAUAUUUAUCCUGAAGGUUCAUAGAAAGUGAGGAUUCGCCAUUUUGGAAAGGGCGUAAAAUUCAAUCUCGGAAAUUGGUGCAGAAAUUUGACUAACGUUUCAGAGACAUUUGAAUCGGUCAUUUGACAAACAAUAUAAGCAAAAAAUAUAUUACUUUUGUAGAAUUGAAAAAAAAUUGUCUAGUUUUUACAACUGCAAUACUAAUUGUAAGAAUAAUUAAAAAAUUUUUUAAAAAUGCCUCAAUAUCUCAUACGUUAAGAGCGAGUAGAACGUACCAUUUUUAAAAUUUAUUUAAGGAAAGACUAAUUUUGAAAAUUUUGAUUUAUGUUGUUUGUCAAUGAAAAUAAAGUAUUUUUGUACAUAUAAAAUAAAUUUUUAAUUUAGCAAUUCUGUAAAUGUAAUGACAGACUAUUCCAAGAAUGUUAUAAAAUAACGUAUUGUAAACUAGAAAGAUAUUUAACUUUAUUAUUAAAAAAUAUAUAAUUUAUAAAAAAAGCAAAUGCGUAACUUUGAAUUCCAAUAUCCUAAACUGAUUAUUUCUGUAUUUUUCCAGAAUAUAAUUAACUGAAUAUAAUGUAAAGGAAACCCAGUCACUUAUUGUGUUUCUCAUGUGAAUGACAAUUUUGUAAAUCUAAUAUAUAAGCAAAAAACUUGACUAACAUGGUUUGAAGGAAAUUGUGUAUUUACCUAUCCUGAUUUUAAAGCCUCUAAAAUUUCAAUUUUAAUAAAAAUUGAUUUAUGUUGUUUGUCAAAUGACCAAUUCGUUUAGACAAGGUUUUAAUCAUUUAGACAUCCUUAAGAGGUGUGGAUCGUUCUAAACUCGAAUGAAAUUUUUCUACAAUUUCACAAAAUUUCUUCUUGCCAAUAUGAGUUUCGGAGGGCAAUCAGAUUAUUGUUGUUCGUGGACUUGUUGGGAAUAAGCUCGGAAUUCUGCAUUUCUCACACCAGAAGAAUUAAUUUAGUUGAGCGCAAUUAUAAUCAAUACAAAGGUAAUAGGUAACUUAACA